AUGGAAGACCUCCAAGAACCUCCCUUUCUCUGGGAAAUGAAGAUAUACUGCUGCGCCUGUGGGACGCUGAUUGAACUAGAUACAGAAACCGAAGGGUCCACGUCUAUCCUCGGCGCGCUUCGCAAGGAAUUCCCUGCACCGCCUCCCAAGCUUGUCAAAGAUUACCAGAAUGGUCACGAGGGACAGUGUCAAUGCCGGCUCUCAGGAAUCGGUCAGCUCGACGAGGCCAUAGAAACCUCGUCCUUCGCAGUCCCUCGAGAUCGGAAUGCAGCCGUUCUUGGAUGGCCCUGGAAACAGCCCAGGAAAGGGGCCAUCGAAUCCGUCUUCUUAGCCGAAGAUCUGCAAAUGACCUCUUAUUACCAAGGGCCAUGGCCCCGGCGACCAGAGCGGUAUGGGUACCCUGUGCAUGCGCGCUGCUGGAGCUUGAUUGAGCGCUUCAUCGGCCCCGAUGUCGAGAUGCACCUGGCGACUUUUGUGGAGGCCCUUCGACGACGAUUCAGGAAACGGAUCAAUCCACCCAAUUUUGAUGUACCAGAUGGGAACUUUGACUUAUAUCCCACUCGCUACGAGACGUUGAGCUCCAAGACGCGAUAUCUCUUUCGAGACCCGGUCCAAAUCCCGCAAGUGGGGCGUCUGUUAAAGAAUGCAGUGAUAACGAAGAAAACUAGACAGCUGCCUCUUCAGGACCGGGAUGGAGAAAGAGAAGAAAGAAUUACCAAGCAGUAUGACAUUAGGCAAUCAUCUCGCCGCUUAUUAGCGCUUGGUAGAAGCCCUUUUGGUGCUGUCGACCUCCCGCUAGAUAUCCAGUAUCUCAUUCUGGACUAG